AUGUCGACGCGCCCAACACGGCGUGCGGCUGCUGCCCGCCGUAAAGUUGUUGAGUCCUCUGACGAAGAGAUGGCCGACGCACCGGCUGUCCAAGAGGAGAGCGGCGACGACUACACACCAGCCCCAGAGCCCGCACCGCGCGCGACGCGCCGCAGGAGAGCGACCUCCAACGAGACGCCCGCCCAGACGACGCCGCCUAAGAGGCCGCGAGGACGUCCGAAGAAGACCGCCACUACAGCCGCCGCGAGCACCUCCUCUGCUGCCGAUACCAGCGAAGCCAUUGAUCCCGACCAGACCGCCGCAUCUGUCGCGUCGGCCGCCACAACAGCGACCAAUGCCGCUGAUGCCGACGAGUCAGUAGCCCCUGCGCCGAAGAGGCGCGGUCGUCCGCGAAAGACGCCUCUGCCAACCAAGCCUACUGCAUCCCAGCCGGCUCCUCAACCGGCUCCUCAACCAGCGCCUCAGCCAACGCCCCAGCCCGAGGCUCAACCUGAGCCCCAACCUGCUCCCCAGCCCACACCACAACCCAAGGACCGGCCUAAGUCUCCCGAACCCGCUCCUGAGCCCGAGGAUGCGCCAACACCCAAGCCGAAACCGCCGCAGACCCCGGCCCCGAGUCGCGCGCUGAACGACAUCACUUACGCCACGGUCAACACGCAGCGGUUCAAGGGCCCCGACGAGAACGACCUGCUCGCGACGGCGGUCAAACCGGUCAAGGCGAUGGACGCGAUCCUGGAGAAGCCAAUGGACAUCAUGCUCAAGUCGCGGAGCUUAGGCGUCCCGCAGCCGCCGGUUGAGGAUACGGGGCCGAAGCCGCGCAUCGUGAUUACGCACCUGGUGCUGACUAACUUCAAGAGUUACGCGGGCAGGCAAGAGGUUGGGCCGUUUCAUCCUUCGUUUACGUCCGUUGUUGGGCCGAACGGGUCUGGCAAGUCGAAUGUUAUUGAUUCGCUGUUGUUUGUGUUCGGUUUUAGGGCCAGCAAGAUGCGCCAGGGAAAAAUUUCGGCGUUGAUUCAUAACUCGGCGCAGUACCCGAACCUGGACUACUGCGAGGUCGCUGUGCACUUCCAUGAGGUGCUGGAUCUGCCUGGCGGAGGCCACGAGGUCGUACCGAAUUCGGAGCUGGUCAUCUCGCGCAAAGCCUUCAAGAACAACUCGAGUUCAUACUUUAUCAACGGCAAGCCGUCCAACUUCACGACCGUCACAACCCUACUGCGUGAGCGCGGCGUCGACCUGGACCACAAGCGUUUCCUCAUCUUGCAGGGUGAGGUCGAGUCUAUCGCGCAGAUGAAGCCUAAGGCGGCCAAUGAACACGAGGACGGUCUGCUUGAGUAUCUGGAGGACAUCAUCGGCACUUCGAAGUACAAGGGGCCCAUCGAGGAGGCGGCGGCCGAAGUUGAGGCACUCAACGAGAUCUGCCUCGAGAAGAGCGGCCGCGUCCAGCACGUCGAGAAGGAGAAGAACAGUCUCGAGGACAAGAAGAAUAAAGCGCUAGCUUAUGUGCGCGACGAGAACGAGCUCGCCAUGAAGAAGAACGCCCUCUACCAGAUUUACGUCAGCGAGUGCCAGGACAAUAUUACUGUCACCGAGGAGGCCAUCAGCCAGAUGCAGGCCGAGCUGGACGCUGAGCUGGAGAAGCAUCAUGGCAGCGAGCAGGUCAUCAAGCAGCUAGAGAAGGCGUAUGCCCGGGGUAGCCGCGAGGUCGAAGCCUUCGAGAAGGAGACGCAGGCCCUGAUAAAGGAGAUGACGCGCUUUGAUCAGGAACGGGUUAAGUUUGAUGAGAAGCGCAAGUUUUUGGCAGAUAAGCGCAAGAAGCUCGAGAAGACCAUCGCCAAUGCUGAGCGGUCUGCUGAAGAGGGAGAGGAGACCAUUGCCCAAUGCACCAAGGAGAUUGAGCGGCGCACGCAGGAGAUUGCCGAGCUCGAGGAGCAGGUCAAACAGGAGGAGGCCGAACUCGCUAGGAUCAGGGAGAGCCUCAAGGGCAAGACGCAGCACCUGUCCGAUCAGAUCGCUGCGAAGCAAAAGUCUCUUGAGCCCUGGAAGGAGAAGAUCAACCAAAAGCAGUCGGCUAUUGCUGUCGCGGAGUCUGAGAUGGCCAUCUUGCGCGAGAAGGCUAAUGCCGGUGCUGUGGCUCUCGAGGAGAUGCAGGCCAAGAUUGCCGCCAUCGAGAAGAGCCAGCAGGCUAAGCAUGAGGAGCUGCAGAAGCUCCAGGUCGAGAAGGCCGCCCUGCAGAAGGAAGGUCGCCGUGCCGUAGCCGAGCUGGAGCGUUUGUCCCAGGAAGAGCCUAAGCUGCGCGCUCAGCUGUCGAACGCGCGGCAGAAAGCUGACGAGGCACGCUCGAACUUGGCCGCCCAGCAGACGCAGAGCAGCGUGCUUCAGGCGCUGAUGCGCAUGAAGGAGUCCGGCCGUAUCGAAGGCUUCCAUGGGCGCCUGGGUAACCUCGGUACCAUCGACCAGAUGUACGAUGUGGCUAUUUCGACCGCCUGCCCGCAGCUUGACAACUUCGUCACCGAGACGGUCGAGGCCGGUCAACAAUGUAUCGAGUACCUGCGCAAGACGAAUCUCGGCCGUGGUAACUUCAUCUGCCUGGACAAGCUGCGCGUGCGGGACAUGUCGCCGAUCCAGACUCCUGAGAACGCCCCCCGCCUCUUCGACCUCGUCAAGCCCAAGGAUCCCAAGUUCCGGCCCGCCUUCUACCAUGCCCUGCAAGACACUCUUGUAGCCAAGGACCUCGCCCAAGCAAACCGCAUUGCCUAUGGUGCCAAGCGCUGGCGCGUUGUGACCCUCGCCGGCGAACUGAUCGACAAGUCGGGCACCAUGUCCGGCGGUGGCACGACAGUCAAGCGCGGACUGAUGUCCUCGCGUCUGGUGGCCGACACCACCAAGGAGCAAGUCACCAAACUGGAGGCCGACCGUGAUACCCUCGAACAAGCCUUCCAGGAGCACCAGGACCGCAUGCGCGAGCUGGAGAACCGCAUCCGCUCGCUCAAGGAGCAGAUCCCGGAAAUUGAUACGCGCAUGCAGAAGAUUAACCUCGAGAUCGAGAGUUCGGAGAGGAAUCUGGCUGAUGCCCAGCGCCGGAUCAAGGAGCUUGCGCGCGAGCACCAGCCGUCGCAGAGCGAUGAUACUCGGAUGGCGGUGCUGGAACGGGAGAUUGCUAAGCUAAGGAGGGAGGUUGAGAAGUUGCAUGGAGAGACGCAGAGCGUGGAGGAUGAGAUCAAAGAGCUGCAGGACCGGAUCAUGGAGGUCGGUGGCGAGAAGCUGCGGGCCAAGCGCGCGAGGAUCGAUGAGCUCAAGGCCGAGAUUGCCGAGCAGAACGAGGCUGUUUCCGAGGCCGAGGUGCGCAAGGCUAAGGCCGAGAAGCAGAGAGUUAAGCUCGAGAGGGACCACGCCAAGGCGUCUAAGGAGCUGGAGGCGGCCAUUCGCGAGUCAGAGAGGCUCGAGGAGGAGAUCCAGAGUCAGGGCGAUCGGGCGGAGUCGUUGAAGAGCAAGGUUGAGGAGGCCAAGGAGGCGCUCGCGGCUAAGAAGAAGGAGCUCGCGCAGGUCAAGGCUGAGUUGGAUGAGAAGACGGCUGAGCUGAAUGCUACUCGUGCUGUUGAGAUCGAGAUGCGCAACAAGCUCGAGGAGAGUCAUAAGAUUCUGGCGGAUAACCAGAAGAAGCUCAAGCACUGGGAGCACAUGCUCUCAAAGCUGACCCUCACUAACAUUGAGGAUCUCGAGGGCGGUAGCAGCCAGCCUACUCAACCUGCUCAGCCUCCAGCCCCUGCUCAACAAGAGCCUCCGCAAUCGCAACGAAGCCAGGACGAGGACUCUGACGUGGAGAUGACUGACGUCGACCUUGAAGAGGAACAAGCCCAGGGAGCCGAGCCCGAAGGCAACUCUGUCGUCAACGAAACAACCAUUGGCCCGGGCCGCGCCGCCCCUCUGCAGUUCCCGCGCUACACCAAGGACGAGCUGGCCGACAUGGACAAGGAACGUCUCAAGGGCGAGAUUGCCGCGCUCGAGGAAAAGACGCAGAACACACAGGUCGACCUCAGCGUGCUGGCCGAGUAUCGUCGGCGUGUCGAGGAAUAUGCCGCGCGCUCGUCCGACCUGGCUACAGCCGUUGCCCAGCGUGACGCCGCCAAGAAGAGGUGUGAUGAGCUCCGGAGGAUGAGGCUGGAGGGCUUCAUGGAGGGGUUCAGCACUAUUUCGUUGAGGCUCAAGGAGAUGUAUCAGAUGAUUACCAUGGGUGGCAAUGCUGAGCUCGAGCUGGUUGACUCGCUCGAUCCGUUCAGCGAGGGUAUCCUUUUCAGUGUCAUGCCGCCCAAGAAGAGCUGGAAGAAUAUCAGCAACCUCAGUGGUGGUGAGAAGACGCUCAGCUCGUUGGCGCUGGUGUUUGCCCUGCACCAUUACAAGCCCACGCCGUUAUACGUCAUGGACGAGAUUGAUGCGGCGUUGGAUUUCCGCAAUGUGUCCAUCGUGGCCAACUACAUCAAGGAACGCACGCGCAACGCGCAGUUUAUCGUCAUCUCGCUGCGCAACAACAUGUUCGAGCUCGCCUCCCGCCUCGUCGGUGUCUACAAGGUCAACCACAUGACCAAGAGCGUCACCAUCGACAACAAGGACUACGUCAUUGGCCGGGCGCCCCCUCGCGACCAACAACAACAACAACAACAACAGCAGCAGCAGCAGCAGCAGAAGGCUUACGGUCCGCAUCCGCCCCCGAGCCAGAUCGGCAUGACACCUGCCCCACAUAGGAUGAUGAUGAUCCCGCCGUCCACGGUUAAGCCGCCGUUAUCGUCGAUGUUUUUCCGUUUCUUUGGUGGUGGCGGGAGUCAGCAGCCGCAGCCAAGUCGGUCUCAGCAGCAACAUCAGCAGAAUUUGCUACAGGUUCGUAGUCGUCACCCAGAUCCCUUGAGUACUCCGUCAGCAACACCCCGACCGCAUCAACCCAUCCAGAGAGGGAACAACGGCACCUCUGAUAAUGAUGACUCAAGUGAUGUUACUGUUCUGACGCACCGUCCGAGAUGA